AUGCCUCCUGCGACGCCAUCAAGUAGCUCCGUGGGGGACAGCGAUGAAGACAUCCCCACCGAGUCUAUGGUUUCUGCGGAAGCCGAUCGCGAGGCAAUCUCUGCAAAACUCUCCUCAGCCCAGCCUUUCUCUCCCACUUCCCUGAGACCCGAUCUCCACCCCCGGCCUGAACUUGCUGAUGCACUCGAUCCCGUUGCCCAAGCUGACCAGGACAGUACGGCCGAAAUCGCGGCCAACGCCCCGCGCUACCGUCGCAAAAGCUCGACGUUUAUUGAUGGCAUCCACGAUGUCACCAACGAUGGCAACGCCUUGGCUCCGGCUCAGCUGUACAGCACCAUGUCCGGGCGCCUCUUCCACUCGGGCCGCAUAGUCAUCGUCAUGGUCGGCCUUCCGGCCCGCGGCAAAACCCACAUCUGCGUCUCUAUGGCUCGCUAUCUCUCCUGGCUCGGCGUCAAGACGCGCAUCUUUCACCUCGGAGACUACCGUCGAGCCACCGUGCCGGGAGGCGCCGUGCCCGACGACUAUUUCUUCCCGCACGCCUCGCCAUCCUCAGUCAUGCUUCGCCAAAAGAUCUUGAAGAAAUGCCGCGAGGACAUCUACGCCUGGCUGAAUCACGAGAACGGCCAGGUCGCCAUCUACGAUGCCGUGAACCCUACGGCUAGCGGCAGACGCUCGCUGGCCAAGGAAUUCUCAAAACAUGACGUCCAGACACUCUUCCUCGAAUCCUAUGUUGACGACGAGCGCAUCUUGACAGAGAAUGCUCGCAAUGUCAAGAUAUCUUCUCCAGACUUCGCCGGCAUGGAUCCAGACGAGGCAGCACGCCUGUAUCUCAAGCGGAUAGGUGCCAAGAUUCCCGUCUUCGAGACCAUGGAGGAGAAGGAGCUCAACUACGUCAAGAUGAUCAACGCGGGCCAGAAGUUCUUCUACAACAAUGUGUCGUUUGGCUACCUCUCGCACAGAAUAGUAUUCUACCUGACCAACCUGCACAUCAAGUCGAGGACGACCUUCUUUGUCCGGGCCGGCACGACGACAGAGGAGGACUCGUUCAAGGCAGAUGCUCCUCUUGGCGAAGAAGGCCGGGCAUACGCCGCCAAGAUGUCCGAGACUCUCCUUCAGCACCGUGAACAGGAGCGCCAGGCCAUGCUGGGCAACAGCAAGGCCGACUUUCCACUGCGCCCGCUGACGGUCUGGACUUCGACGAGGCUGCGGACCAUACAGACGGCAGACUACCUCAAGGAGAAGGGCUACAAGGUUCGGCAGAGGUCGCAGAUGAGCCAGCUGAACCCAGGGGUCUGCGAGAAGAUGUCGGAGAGGGCCAUUCGUGCAUUGUAUCCCGAGGAAGUUGAGCGACACGAAGUCGACCCUUAUCAUCAUCGUUACCCUCGAGCCGAGUCGUACCACGACCUAGCCGUCCGCCUAGAGCCCAUCAUCCUCGAGCUCGAGCGCGAGCAAAACGACCUGCUCAUCAUCGCCCACGAGUCGGUCCUGCGCGUCCUCUACGCCUACCUCAUGCACUGCUCCACCAUGGACAUCCCCAAGCUCAAGUUCCCGCGCGACGAGAUCAUCGAGAUCAUCCCCGCCGCCUACCAGAACGAGGCCAAGCGCGUCCACAUCCCCGGGCUCGACCCCAACCUCGUCCCCGGCAGCCCCGAGGACAUCAAGAUCCCCGUGCCCCAGAGCGGCGGCAUCUACGCCGUGGCCGGCGGCGGCGGCGGCGGCGGCGGCAGCGGCAACAUGAGCCCCAUGCCGGGCCUGUCGAGCCCCGCGGAGCCGCAGACGGCCACCGGCGCGGCGACGGGCGCUCCUGCCGCCUCCGGCACGCCGGUCCCGAGCGGCACGGGCGUCGAGUCGCCGCUGCGGCCGCCGGAGAAGGUGGUCAACACGGCCGCGGACAUGGUGGCGGACAAGGUGGCAGAUGAGGACUGA